AAAGCUUAAGUCGAGAUCGACAUUGACAAAACGCCUUGACUUGUGUGCUGCAUUUUCCAAGUCACGAAAAAAUGUGCAGAAAGUAUUUGAGUCAUUUUGACGUUUCAAAAAAAAUAAAAAAAUAAAAAUCGUGGUAAUCAAAUUUUUCUUCGCAGCAUUUGUCUCGAGGCCUCGGCGUCGCCGACUCACUACAGCUGAAAACACCUCCGUUUUCAAUUUUUGUAUUUUCGUUCAUCCAUAAUCUUCAAAUUACUUACCCAUCAUCUAAAAUCUUGAGAUUCUUGAUCAUUUCUUCUUGUUUAUCCAUUUUCUGGGUUCAGUUGAAAUUGCUUUUCCCCCACAUUAAUUCCAAGGUGGGAUAAUCUUAAUCUCCAGGUAAGGGAAUAUGUCUGGUCGGCUAUUAAGAAAAGUUUUGAAGGAACAAGAGCAAAGUCAGAAACAAGAGGGUGAUGUUAUUGCAGAAGAGCUUCAGGAGGAACUUGAUGAUGAUGAGUCUGACUCUGAUGCUCAACCUAAAAAUCCAUUUGAUCUCCUCAAUGAUGAUGAUGAUGACCAUGAGAAUGACCAGGAAGAUGAGUCCAGUGCCAUAGAUGAUGCCUUGGAUGAUAAGAUCAAUGAUUCGGGAUCUGUUGUGAGAAGCUAUGCCCCUACUGUUCCAGCAUCUAAUAAGAAAUCUAAGAAGAAGAAAAAGAAGAAAAACAAAGAGGCUUCACUCUCAAAUGCUGAUCGAUCUAAAAAGUCUGUGGAGAUUGAUAUAGAAGCUUUAUCUCUUGAUAUUGAUUCUGCUCCUGAAGCUAGUUCCAGUAAGAAUGUCAGAGCUCGUGAUACUGUUAUUAAACAGUUCAAAUCCUCCAUUCUGAAGGUGGAUCCUAAGUUCUUGAAUGCUGAAUAUGAGCUACGAAGAAUAUUUGGUUCAAAGGUAGUGAGCUCGUUUGAGAACGCUAAUCAAGGCAGCACUUCUAGGCAAGUGCGUGGUGGAAGACGUGGAUUGUACAGCCACAAAAAGUGUAUUCUUGUCUCCCCAAAUGGUCACUGGCCGCGAUGGGAUGGGUCUCUUUCAAUGGAGCUUUUAGAGACUAAAGACGGGAACAAUUACUUUAGAUAUGUGCACUCAGCUUCGUACAGCCACAUUCAAAGGGCUUUUGAAGCUGCCAAGGCAACCCAUGAUCUGAAUGGUGUGGCAAGCAUUUUGAUGCACCAUCCUUACCAUGUGGAGUCACUUAUGACAUUGGCAGAUUACUUUAGAUUUACAGGUGAACAUCAAAUGGCAGCAGAUGCUAUUGCUAAAUGUUUGUAUGCUUUGGAGUGUGCAUGGCAUCCUAUGUUCAGUCCCUUGCAGGGAGAUUGCCGACUGGAAUGUACCCAUGAAACAAACAAGCCGUUGUUUUCUACACUUUUUGGUCACAUGAAGAACUUAGACAGGCGUGGUUGUCAUCGAUCUGCUUUAGAAGUCUGCAAAUUACUACUUUCACUUGAUCCUGCAGAUCCCAUGGGUGCGAUGUUCUGUAUUGAUUACUUCUCCCUGAGGGCAGAAGAAUAUGCAUGGUUAGAACAAUUUUCUGAUGAGUAUCAAAGUGACAACUCUUUAUGGAACUUUCCAAACUUUGCUUAUUCUCUUGCCAUUUGUCAGUUGUUUCUUGAGCGUGACUCAACUGCCAAGAAUGGUAAGAAUUUGCAAGACAUAGAGACUUCAUCUGGUCUGAUGAAGCAGGCUUUGAUGCUUCACCCUCCAGUUCUUAGGAAGCUAGUGGAUAAGGUUCCCUUAAAAGACCAGGCAUGGACAACCAUAACGAAAAAUCCUUUCUUCAAAUCUGAAGAUACAGGAAUUCCAUCUUUGGAUCACCUAAUCAGGAUAUAUAUUGAGAGAAGUUACAUCAUUUGGAGGCUGCCUGGCGUGCAGAAGUUGUUGAAGGAUGCUGCUCUAGGUGUGAUUGAAUCUCUGAAGCAUGAUUCAAGUGAAGCUAAUACAUGGGCUUGUGUUAGAAAAGAAGCGUUUCCCUCAGACAAGAAUGAGUAUGGACAUUUGAUGGUUUCAGAAUUCUCUGAUACUGUAGCCACCAUGCCACCUGAAAACCUGCAAAAUUUCAUGGUGCUAGACCCAAGGAUGAGAGAGAUGGUAGAAAAUCAGGAGCAGGGUGCCAAUGUGCAGGUUCGUGCCCCACGCGAGUUGGCUGAUCGCAGUCCGUUGGUUGUGUUAUUUGAAUCAUUGCUUCCAUGGGUAGAUUAUGGAGCUGAUGAAGCUGAUAAUGACCAACCCCACCAUCAAGAUAACUAACAUCUUUGAUUUUCAAAGUCCUCUAGUUUUCAGGUGAUUUUGAGACUGGAAAGUUUUCCAUUAUACUUGUAUACAUCAGAGAAUUUAAAUGAUUUAUCUGCAAUGCUAUGUAGUGUGACGGAAAGAGAUUCUCUUCUGUCUGAACAAAUACAAGGAAAUCGUUUUUGGGGUAUCUAGGAUUGAAUUGUCUUAUUUCUUCUGAUCUAGCUGGCUUUUUUGCAACCAGCCCCCCAAAAAUCACAAGCUCUUGAGAUUUUUUUC